AUAUUUACUGUAGGCCUACAUAUAUUUAGACUCUUCAGCCCUGAAUUUCUGCUGUCAAGCCUUGCACUGUUAUAGAUGAGAGUCGAUGGAUUGUCAGUGAGAUUUCACGUUUAGGCUAUUUUCUGCGAGCGCUGACAGGCGAUUAUCGGUGCUCCAUGUUACCAUAUGAUUAACAGACAUCUAUAAAUAACAGGAGACAAUAUGGAGCAACGGGCAAAUGUUUAACCAGUAGCCAGAUAUUAUCACUAAUACGGUGUUAUAGGCUGAUGUCCUAGACGACGAUUUAAUACACGCUUAUUUUAAAGCCUUUGAUUCCAAAAUAUCGUAUUUCAGCAAUAAGGAAAUCGGGUUGUGAUGAUUUAUAGCACAACAGGUAUAAAGCUUGGAGUGCUUUCAUACAGUGAUUACGGCUAACCUUUAAUUUGGAAUAUUCAACAGUCGUGCCUGGAGCCAAUCAGAUGACGAGAUGUCACCUACGUCAUCGCGUUCAAGAAACGUCUGCUUUUAGCGGCCGAAUUCAAAAUUAAUUCAGCCAAUUUUAUUUUUGUUAUAGUAAAACGGCGAUUGAAUUUACAGAGGGAACGUCCCAGUUGUUCAACAUGGCGAUCAAGAGGAUCCGCUCGGAGUACAUGAAGAAAUUCAAAGACCCCAAAUGGGAGACCUACACUAAGUGUUAUGAGGAGAUGCUGAAGUACAGGCUGACCCGCAGGCUGCUGGAGCAAACACACAACCCCUGGUUCUGGAGUGGCCCAGACAGUGAUUCAGAGUCUGGAGAAAGAAGCCCCCCUCCUCCCAGCAAGAACCAGGCAGGGUCCGAGACCAGCAGAGACAGGAUGGAGCCUGAGCUGGAGGAGUGUGAGGGGGCGAGGGUGGACAGACAGCAGGAGCAGCAGCAGGGCAGACCCAUGCGGUCGGUACCCAGGCUUCCCAUCCAAGAAGAGGAGAAUGUGUCUGCUCGACAGUCUGCAGUCCAUGGCGCACAGGUUGAAGGUGCCAAAGAGACAGGAGUACUAGAGGAGGAGAGAGAGGAGCAGCAGACUCACAGGGAACAAGACAGAGCGAGAGACACUGGAGGAUCCCGACUACAGCAAAGUAAACCCUCCAAAUCCUCAAAGCAAACAUGGCGCUCCCAGCGGGUCAGACCUGCACCCACACGGCAGCCCGGGGAUGACGGUAAGGAGAGCAGGCAUCCGUUUGCUCUGUACGCUUCAGGAGAGAAGAAUUCAAACAUGGCAAGCAAGAAGACCCACAAUGUUGGCCCUGCAGCUUCGACUACUGAGAUCCAUGAGUCGGCUCUUCGUGCAAAGACCAGGCGGGAAGUGGAGCACCAGAUCCAGACCCAGAAGACCGAGCGCCGGAGAGCCAAGUCUGCCGAUCUGGACAAGGCCAGAAAGUUGGUUCAACCAGAAUUCAACCCCUGGCUCACUGAGUACAUGCGCUCCUUCUCAGCUCGCUCCCGAUAGGACACACACACGCACACUCUCACACACACACACACACACACACACACACACACACACACACACACACACACACACACACACACACACACACACACACACACACACACACACACACACACACACACACACACACACACACACACACACAGUAGAAAUACUUACAUCAGGUGUGAUUCCAGACAAAACAUAAAGCCAUUAUUGCCUUCCACCACUGAAGUUUAAAUACCCAUAGAUGUAAAAUAGAGCAUGGGGUGGAUUGAUUUAUACAAACGAUCCAAAAUUUGUGUCACUCUCACAUUCAGGGUGUAAACUGAUACAACUUUGAAAUACACUGUGUGGCUUAUUCCCCCAGAUGUGUACUGUCAUGUUUUUAAUACAUACAAUAAGAAUCAUUUUACAGAGUAUAAGAUACUCUUGAAAGUAAAUGUAUAAUAAAUAGAUUCAUCUACCACAUACAGAUAUUUUGAUUAGAAUGAAGAAGCAUUUUACAGCCAUACUUUGAUGCAGUCCCUUUAAACAUACAGCUAUGUAAAAUGUGUCCAUGUUUUUUUAUACAGGGAUAUCAAACCAUAGUGGACUCACACAGGAGUUAUGAAAACACAUGGCAGCAUGUCUGAUUAGACCCAGCCACAUUUUUCAAAACACAUGAAAUGUGAGACCACAAACAUGAAGAAUACACUUAUUGUAUUCACAUAUUAACAAAACCAAACAGUCAAAAUGUUUGUAUUCCACAAAGUUCUGCUAAGCACAGCAAGAUGGCUCAACCAACUGAAAGUUUUUCUUAAAUGUAUGCAGCUUUACAGUACAAAGUAUUGAUUGUCUGACAGAAAUACCUCUGUCUGUUUGUUUAAGAUUUUUACAGCUUUUGAUUUUCAGAUCACUUAGCGCUGUGAACUGGUUCUUGUAGAUUGAAUGGUUUGUUGAACGGUUAAUGGACUGAGCCUCACUGACUUGGUUUAGAUGAAGAGGGAAUCACACUCCGUACACACAGUCAAACACACCUCUGUGUAAAAUCACAGUUGUGUGAUGUGGCACAUUUUCCGCAACGAGGGCUCGGGUGAACAGCCAGACAUCGACUGGCAAGUGAACAGACAUUUAUUUCAACCCCAAAGUACUUCUCAAAAAUAAAUGUGUUAAUGUAAUCAAUUAACCUGGUGAGAUUGCAGUGUGAAAAUAGAUGUGUGUGUGUGUGACUUUUAAAGCCAUUGGAUGACUGUGAAAUGUAUUUCUGUUAAACAUUCACUGGCCAUGGGACUCUUUCCACCAUAACAUGUAACAUGAAUUAUGACGUACAGCUAAUGUAGUUUCUUUUGUUGAGGUAAACAUUUAUUUAUCAUUACUGUCACUGAAUAUGCUUUAGAACCAAAAGAGGAACCAUAAUAACAAUGGACAUUAAGCUGACGCCUAAAUGAAAUACAUGAGUACAUAUUGCUGAUUUACUGCUUACUUGUUAAAGUAGCAUACACUCUGAAGCAGGACCAAAUCAAUAUGCACUUUGAUAAUUAGUCACCUUUCUGAAAUAAUAUUUGACCAGAAUACCUGGCUACCGAUUUAGAUUGUUUAUUUUUUGAAUCUGUGUAUAUUUGUUUGUAUGUGUGUAGUUGUAUGUUUGUAACAUCAGACAUUGUUAUUUGUAAUUACACAAGAAGACAAAAAUGGACUUUGAAUCCUUUGUGCAAUGGAUCUGCCUGUCUUUUCAUCAUCCAAACCAAGAUCAAUCAGAUCCCUCUUGAGUUCCUUGUGUCAGUUAUCAUGAUAAAAUCAUUUCUGUGCCAUGAA